AUGCAGGCUUAUCUCAAAACUUUUGAUAUGUGGGAGGUGACUAAAACUGGUAAAGAACCAGCUCUCUUAAGAGAUAAUCCUACUGUUACUCAAAUUAAGGCUCAUAGUGAAGAGUGUGCUAAGGGAUUCAAGGCUAUGUUAUGUCUUCAUUCCUUUGUCUCUGAUGUGAUUUUCACAAGAAUCAUGGCUUGUGAAUCUACAAAAGAAGCUUGGGACAGACUUAAGGAGGAGUUACAAGGAAGUGAAAGCUUGAGGCAGAUAACUAUUCUCAACUUGAGAAGGGAGUUUGAGGUUCUAAAAAUAAAAGAAUCUAAAACUUUGAAGGAGUACAUUGAUAGAUUAAUGGCUAUGGUCAACAAAAUCAGGUUGUUGGCUGAAGAUUUAAUAGAUAAAAGAGUUGAGGAGAAGGUUCUUAUGAGCCUGCUUGAGAGAUUUGAGUCUAAAAUCUCAUCUUUGGAGGACUCUAAAGAUCUUAGCAAGAUCAUUCUACGAAAGCAGGACAAGCAACCUAAAAGUGGAAGUAGCGCUGCAAAAAAGGGCAAAUUUCCACCUUGUUCAACCUAUAGAAAAAUAAAUCACUUGGAGAAGGAUUGUUGGCAGAAAAAUGGUAUUAAGCCUGUGCAAUGCCAUUAUUGCAAGAAAUAUGGUCAUAUUUCCAAAGAUUGCAUAAUUAGACAGGGCAAAGCUCAAAACUAG